AUGUUACUUUUGUUUCAGCCAAUACUUUAUUCAUAUUUUAGAAGUUCUUGCUCUUGGAGGGUUAGAAUAGCUCUGAAUAUAAAAGGUAUAGAAUAUGAGUAUAAGGCUGUACAUUUAUUAAAUAAUGGAGGAGAGCAGAGAUCUGAAGAUUAUAGUAGUAAAAAUCCAAUGCAACAAGUUCCUAGUUUAGAAACAAGCAAUGGUGAUGUUUUAACACAAUCUUUACCAAUAAUGGAAUAUCUAGAAGAACAGUAUCCAAGUCCUUCUUUAUUACCUAAAGAUAGUAUUCAAAGAGCUCAGAUCAGAGCAUUAGCAGAAAUGAUAAAUUCUGGUAUUCAACCUCUACAGAAUUUAACAGUUCUACAAUAUCUUAAAGAAGAUCAGAAAGCAGAAUGGUCUAAACAUUGGAUUCAUAACGGAUUUGUUGCUUUAGAAAAAACUUUAGAGAAAACAUCAGGAAAAUAUUGUUUUGGUGAUAAUAUUACAUUAGUUGAUUGCUGUUUACCUCCCCAAGUCUUUAAUGCUAACAGGUUUAAGGUAGAUAUGGCAGAAUUUCCAGUCAUUUCCAGAAUAAAUGAAGAUUUGGGUAAAAUAGAGGCAUUUAAACUGGCUCAACCCUCACAGCAACCUGAUUGUCCUAGUGAUCUGAAAUAG